AUGCCAUGCAAAAGAGAAAUCUGUGUGAUGGUUGUCUACAGGAUGAAUGUAAGGCAGAGGCAGAGUGCUCUUCUGCUGUUUUGUGUGUGGCUCCUGUGCACACAGUCAGUGUCCAGCAGCAACCAAAGCUCUCGAGGCCAAACUGGUCAAUCCGAAAUUAAUCCGGGUACUUGUGAAGUGGUGGCAGCUCAUCGUUGCUGUAAUAAGAAUAAAAUCGAGGAGAGAUCUCAGACGGUGAAGUGCUCCUGUCUGCCUGGACAGGUUGCUGGUACGACCCACACCCAACCCUCGUGUGUGGAUGCUUCUAUCAUACGGAUGAAAUGGUGGUGUCAAAUGGAGCCAUGCCUAAAUGGUGAAGAGUGUAAGGUGUUGCCCGACCUCACUGGAUGGAUCUGCAUUUCCGGGGGCAAAAUCAAAACUACCAAGGUUACAAGGUAGAGAAACACUUCACACUGCAAAGGCUGUGGAUGUGAUGACAGCUCACAGUUUCACAGGAGCAUAUUUUAAAAUCAGACCUGCAACUGUCAACAAAAAUGCACGCACUAGCAGAAAUAUGCAAACUGUGAACUUAGGAUGUGCAAAGAGUCCAAAUGACUCUGUUGUAUUCACACAUCGAAAAAUGCCAGUUAGUUUGGUACCUGAGGGUUAAAGUUAUGAUUGUUUCAGAAUAUACUUUGAAAUUAUAUUUCAGAUCUAUUUAUUUACUAAGGUGAGGUGUAUAAUUUUUACGAUGUACAAAACUUCAUCCUAUUCCAGCGUAAUAUGCAGAGUCAACUGUAAGUAAGCCAUUCAUAGGUGUAAUUAUAAACACUGUGUCUUUGUGGCAGUAUCAAAAUAUUGCUCUGCUUGCUUGAGCAUCCCAAUCAGCCCAAUAAAGCAACAUAAACUCAACAAUUGGCGUAAGAUUGGUGCAGGACUAUCAAUUUGACUGACCAAUGG